AGAGGAAGCGGGGUGACCCCCAUUAGCUUCACAGAGAGCAGGUAGUCAGUGCGAUAGAGAGACGGAGAGAGAGCAGCAGAGCAGGAACAAAAAUGCAUUAUUGGGUUCGAGCAUCUCCCUCUGAUUUCUCUGGGACUCUUCCUCAACGUCGAAGCGGCCACACUGCUGUAAAUAUCGGAAAAUCUAAGAUUGUUGUGUUCGGUGGCCUCGUCGACAAGAGAUUUAUCAGCGACCUUUGUGUAUAUGAUAUUGAGAAUAAGUUGUGGUUCCAACCAGAGUGCACUGGGAAUGGGUCUGUUGGGCAAGUGGGUCCCAGCCCACGAGCAUUUCACAUUGCUAUUGCAAUUGAUUGUCAUAUGUUUGUCUUUGGUGGGCGUUCUGGUGGCAAAAGGUUGGGUGACUUUUGGGUCCUAGAUACUGAUAUAUGGCAAUGGUCAGAGCUGACCAGUUUUGGUGACUUGCCUUCACCAAGGGAUUUUGCAGCUGCUUCAGCUAUUGGAAACCGGAAAAUUGUUAUGUAUGGAGGCUGGGAUGGUAAAAAAUGGUUGUCAGAUGUUUUUGUCUUGGACACAAUAUCACUUGAAUGGAUGGAGCUGUCGGUUUCUGGAUCAUUGCCUCCACCUAGAUGUGGCCAUACAGCUACAAUGGUUGAGAAACGAAUGCUUGUCUAUGGUGGAAGAGGAGGUGGUGGGCCUAUAAUGGGUGACUUGUGGGCUUUGAAGGGUCUUUUGGAAGAAGAGAAUGAAACUCCUGGAUGGACCCAAUUGAAGCUUCCUGGUCAAGCUCCUUCCCCUCGUUGUGGUCACACCAUUACAUCCGGUGGUCACUAUCUCUUGUUAUUUGGGGGGCAUGGGACUGGUGGUUGGUUGAGUCGUUAUGACAUUUACUACAAUGAAUGCAUUGUUUUGGAUAGGGUGUCUGUACAAUGGAAGCGUUUACCUACUAGCAAUGAACCCCCUCCUGCUCGGGCAUAUCAUUCCAUGACAUGUAUUGGUUCACGUUAUCUAUUAUUUGGUGGCUUUGAUGGAAAAUCAACAUUUGAUGAUCUGUGGUGGUUAGUCCCGGAAGAGGAUCCUAUUGCAAAGCGGUUAACUUCAUCUCCAGCAAAAAAUAUUCCUGAAGAUAAGGAUUUGGCAAUAGCAAAGGAGACCCAGUUGUCACAUGAGGCAAGCCAGAAGGAAGAAUCUGCGGUCUCAGAAUUACGAAAAAGAUUAGAUAUAUCAGUUUCAAUAUCAGUCCCUGAGCUUCAAAUAAUUGAUGAGUUGGAAGACAAAGAAUUUCUUGAACUGGCAUUAAGUUUGAUUGGAGUUGGAGAAAAAGUUUCUAGUAAUGGACAGAUUUCUCAUACUCAGGCAGCUCAGGCCCUUCGUGACCACUGGGGAGAGUCCACACCGAAGUUGAUACCAUUGAAGGAGCUUGGGCCAUUGCUUCGUGACUACCAGCGACUGAUUACCCGUCAUCAUACAGGCAAUGGUCCAUCUGAUUCACAGUUUACAGAAUCUUGCUUUUCUGGAAAAGAGGCUUAUCGGUUUUAUCAUGUCAAGAGUGCUUCUCAGUUACGUAUGGAUGAUAUCCCAAAGCUGCUGGCAGAGUACAAAAAGCUUUUGUCCAAUUGAAGAACAUUGAUAUCAACAUGGAAAUAUCUCAGAGUGUGGAAUCUACAUGUUUGCUAAGGUCCUCCAGCUUCUUCAUCCUCAGUUUUUCGCUCUCACUCAGCAGCUGGUAAGAUCACAGAGAAAACAGUAGAAGAAAAAGUAUAUUGUGAAUCUGUAUAAGAACUGAAGAAAAGAAAAUUAAGACUCUGAAUAGAAGGUAAAUAACUGGAAUAUCAUGUUAAAAUCUUUGCUUUUCUGUAAGAAAAUUUGGAUUUCACAUGUACCUCCAUUAAUGUGGUAACUAGUUGGGCUUUUUCCCUGUUCUUUU